AUGUCGACUCCAUCAGAACAACCCAUCUCGCCUGCCAAACAGGACGCAAAAGAACUCCCACCCGCCCUCCAACUAACCCGCGACUUGCUCGAACAGCAAACCCGCGAAUUCCUCGACGCCUUCAACACGCGCAACUGGGAAACCCUCGAAACGCAAUGGAGCAACCUCGUCGACCACGACCGCUUCACCGGCACGGUCGGGAACCACGCCCCAGCGCUCUCCUGGAAAGAACACAUCGACGUCUACCGCCACAUGGCCCAUGCCAAGCCCAACCUCCACAUCAAGCCCAUCCAGAUCGAUUCCCACAUCAAGGACGAAGAGGGCACGGCGGAGCUCUUCGUCUUUGCCGAACUCACCGGCCACGAAGGCGGGAUCAAAACGCAGGGGUUGAGUAAUCUGAGCUGGAGGCAGAAGAGAGGCGGACAGUGGCUUUGUGUGAAGCAUACGAUUCUGCAGGCGAUGGGGGAUGUGGAGAAGUUUUAG